ACCUAUUAACAACAAAAGUAGAAGACUUUUGAGGCAAACGCCUCAAAUCGCUACAGCGGGAACUUAUCUUCUACGGCAAAUUGUAAUAUAAUUUAACAUAGUUUUUGUUUGCGUCCAGAUAGUUGUUUAUUGGUUCAUGCUUGCUCUAUAAAGCUGAAGCGUCACGCUAGCAAAACAAGUUUACGUUGUGACGACUGCUCCUCGAGAGUUAGCUCCCGCCGGCUAACCUUGGCUAAAAACAGCUAGCAUAGAUACCUGUGUUGCAUUUACGUUUCUCGACAUUUUCAGUGAGGUGUAUUUUUUCAGUUCAGCGUGUCGCCAUGACGCAGAGGAAAACUCCGAGCCACUCGCAGGGAAAAAGACUCAGCUGUACUUUGGGUGAGGAUGAAGAUGCGACUUUCACCCAGCCAAGCACAUCCCAGGUCCAGAAAGGUCUGGAGCAGCUCUCACCUUCACAGGUUGACCAGAAGAAAAUGUCUACCUGUCUUCCAGACAGCUGAGGUGGUUCAGUACAUCUUGGUGAAAGACCAGAAGAAGAUUCCCAUCCGUAGAGGAGAUUUGAUCAAACAUGUCAUCAAAGAGAACCGAAAUAUCUACCCUGAGAUCUUAAAGCGAGCAGCACAGUCCUUGGACCAGGUUUUUGGUCUGAAGCUGGUUGAAAUUGAUGCCAAAAAUCACUUGUACAUCCUCAUCAACAAUCUGCAGCCUGCUGCUGGGGGCGACUCCAUUACGUCGGCAAACCCAAAGACGGCACUGCUCUUUGUGAUCCUGAGUGUCAUCUUCAUGAAAGGCGGCGUGGUCAAAGAAGGCCUAAUCUGGAGCACGCUCAAGAAACUCGCAGUAGACGCUGCAGACAGACAUGAAGACUUCGGAGAUGUUAAGAAGCUGAUCACAGAUGAGUUUGUGCGUCAAAGGUACCUGGAGUAUACGCGAGUCCCCCACACCGACCCCCCUGAAUAUGAGUUUCGCUGGGGUCAGCGGGCUGAUGUGGAAGUGUCCAAGCCCAAAAUCCUGGAGUUCAUUGGUCAACUUCAUGGCCAGGAGCCUCAGAGUUGGAAGCAUCAGUACAGAGAGGCUCACGGCAGCCACGCCUCCAGUCAGCCCAGCACCAGCAGCCAAAGAUGACGUCUACUUCUUUUUUUUUUAUAUUUUCCUUCAUUUAUUGACAAUGAAAGUACAAUGGGAGAAAAAAAGACAUCUUUAUGAGGCGGAAGACGAUGAAAACAGACACUUUCACAUGACAACAUAUUACAGCUGGCAAAAUUAUCGCCUUCAUUUUCAUAUAUUGUGAUUGUGAUUUUUUUAUAUAUAUAUAUUUGAUCCACUGACAUGUUCAUUCCAUUGAACCUUUUAAGCUUAAAAUGCAGAAAAUAAGGAUCUCCUGAGGACAAUAUCGACAAAGGUCAAACAAAAGGCUUUUAUUAUUGCACCACAGAAAGUCAAGUCCUACAUCGUACCAGUGCAAAGAUGUACAGUGCAUAGAUACACAUUUGUGUCAGGCACAGAGUCUCAGAGGACGGUUGAUUGUGUCCCCCCCCCCCACGUUUAUUACAGUCUAUGAAACAGACUGUAAUACAAAAAUGGCCCAACAUACAUGAGCUGAUACAGUAGUGUGAUGGUGGUUGUCAACACACAUUGUCAAGUCCGCUUCUUUGCUUGUGCUUAGUGCGUGUUCACAUAAAAGACGGCAUUUGACAUAUUAUUCAACUCUGAUGGAAAAACUGAGUAAUCCCGGGAUGGUGUAUUUUACACAACAGGAGCAAGUAAUCAUCAUGAAGUGUUAUGGAAAAAGAUUAUCACUUAUCAAAGUUUUGUUGUAGUUAGGAAGCACUUGUGGGUGGAAUAAAUUAAAACAGACUGUUUUGCCGGGAAGCACAAAUCCAAGAAAAUACAACUGGAAUAGGUGCAGAUUCUGGAAGAUCUAAAAGGUUUUUUGUGCUUGUUAUUGUGUGUAACUGCUCUAUAGGAGUCCACAACUCAAUUCAAAGGGAUGGAAAAUUAGCAUAAUAGGUCCCCUUUAAAUAAAUACUAUACCUCACUGAGUGUUUAUAAAGAAAAAACCUACAAUUGUCAUUCCAGUAGAUUGUAUACUUACUCCAUGUUGUUCAAUACAACACUCAAACCGUCAGUGAGGAAAUCAACCUGAAUAUUUUUGGGUGUGUUUUUUUUUUUUUCCCAUCUAGAUGUGCUCCGGGACCGUCUCCAGGGCCUCUUCUGGGUCUCUGUUCACGUCCACAUUCUGGUAAAACAUCACACUUGAAUGAUUCUCUGAUGCUAAGUGAUCUUGGAGUAAUAAACGCUAUCUCACCA